GAUUUUAGGUCAGCCUGUGCCGCAGCCCGCAUCUGGAAAUUUCGCUGGAAUUCAAAAUAUAAAGGAGGGAAAAAGCAAAAAAUAAAAAAUAGUUCUGUGAAAUUCAUCAAUUGCAUCUCCUUCAAUCUUACCCGAAAUCAAAAUCUCAAUCUCUCUCUCACACACACGCGUGAUGGGUGAACAAUUGAGCCCUAAUCCAAAGCAGAGAGCUCAGCUUUUCUCUCCUUCAAGUCCUCACUUCUUAGGCUCUAACGAUGACAAACUAGAACGCGCUCAAGCACGCGCCGCCGCACGUGCCGCCGCUACUCGUCGCAAAGCAGUCGCCGCUGCUGCUGCCGCCGCUCCUGAAUCUACCCCGUGUCUCGAUAAGGAACAUAUCCUUGAUUUGUUCCACAAUUGCAUCAAACUCGCCAGCGAAAAUAAAAUAAAUCAGAAGAAUACGUGGGAGCUGAGUUUGAUUGAUCAUUUGUGCGAUAUAAUUAAGGUUGAUGAGGAAGAUGAUGUGGAGACUAAUUUUCAAAAGGCAAGUUGCACUCUUGAAGCUGGGGUCAAAAUAUACUCUAUGAGGGUUGAUUCUGUGCAUUCAGAGGCAUAUAAGGUGCUCGGAGGGAUUAAUCGAGUGGGUCAAGAAAAUGAAGAAGAUGGUACAGUGGAAGAUUCAAAUCUUGGCAAUGGGCAAGAGGAAGAUAAUUCAAAAAUAGAAAAGAAUCGAAAGUUGUCACCUUUAUCAACACUUGAAUCUUCAUUUGAUGCGCUUAAUGUGAAGAAAUUCGAUGCUGCAUUUGCGGUAGAUCCUCUCUAUCAUCAAACAUCUGCACAGUUUGAUGAAGGCGGGGCCAAGGGUCUCUUGCUAAAUAAUCUGGGAGUAUACGGUGGCUGCCGGGUACUUUUUGAUUCACUAGAAGUUCCAGCAAAGUGUUCAUCAUGCUCUAAUCAGCAUGAUAAAACAGAGACAAUUGAUAUCUACUUUGCCAAAGAAUGCAAGGAAGAGAUGGUUGCAAACAUGUUAAAUAAAUUUGAGAUCUCACCUAGUUUGAGGGAAAUAGUCAACCACUUUGAUGAUGAUAAUAAAAGACCUCCAAAUACAUUUUCUUUUGAGACAAAACAAGCAGAAGAAAUUGAUGAACCCUACGACAAUGGUGCUGAGUUCAAUGCUGACACAUUUGGUAAUGGGGGAACAUGGGACGAUGAUCUUGAGGACCAAACUAAUGUGGCUGACGACGGAACUUUUGGUGGCGACCCAGUUAUCUCAAGUCAACAUGAGGUUAAUGAACCAACUCAUUUUAAUGACCAUGACACAGAUGAUAGGUUUGCUGAAAUUGAUGACUAUCUGUUUUUAAAUCUGGGCUUCACUUCAAAGCUAAAUGCCUGGGCAGGGCCCGAUCACUGGAAGUUCCGGAAAGUUAAAGGUCAGGAGACUGUUUCGGAGGAUAAGGAAUCACCAAUAAAAACUAAGAAAACAAAGAAUAAGAAACAAACUACUGUUGAUAUUGAUUUUUUGAAGUGCUUGGACAAAGAUGUUUCAGAUGUUUUUGCCCCUCCUAAAAAUCCAAAAACUCUACUUUUGCCUACAAGUAGGGAACCUUGUAAUACACUUCUUCCAGAAGAUUGUCACUAUCAACCUGAGAGUCUCGUCAAGCUAUUUCUUCUACCGAAUGUGUUGUGCCUUGGAAAGAGUAGAAGAAAAUCUGCAGCUGAAAUUAAUCAUGAGACGGAUAAUUACGAUAAUAUGCCAUCAUGGGAUGAUGAUACUGGGUUUGCUGAUCAUUUUGAUGAUGGAAAUGAUUGUGGCGAUGUUGACGAAUCAAAUACACUUGUCUCCCAGCCGCGUCAGGUAAAUAAGAUUGAAGUCCAGUAUGACCGAAAAUCAAAACAAGUUGAUGUUCAGGCACUAAAAGAAACACUUUGGGGGUCUCUGCAAGAAUCACAAUUGCAGUCUGUUCAAGGGGGAACAAUAUCUUUCAAGGAUGCUUUGGCAGCAUUUCCUGAUGACUGCAGGGCGGCUGAAUCCCUUAAAGACAUCUCACCACACUUAUGCUUCAUAUGUUUGCUGCACUUAGCAAAUGAGCAUGGACUGAGUAUCCAGGGUCAGGAAAGUAUGGAUGAUCUAACCAUACAGCUUCCGCAGCAAUGAUCUGUUAAAUAAUUACAAGUCGCACUCAUCUUUUGAUCUUGACGGACUUUGCCGAACAUUAGUUGGAUGCUUUUUAUGAUAUGUUAAUCUCUUGCGCACCAACUAUCAUAUUAAACAGAAAUGACCUAGUGUAUUCCUUCUUUCGGCUUGGAAAUAAUUUCUAUUGAUAUAUAGUUUAUUUUGUAACUUGUACUCACACCAAGGGAAUGGAGUGUGAAUUGCUACUGCUGAUUGAUUGUGAUCCCUUCCUUUUUUGUUUCGGAUGAUUUCCUCACAAAUUGUGGAUGCUUUUAAGAAAUGAAAAGGUUUCAUGGAUAUCAGUUUACCUGAAGGAAUGCUUGUUAUUAA